AUGAGCCACUACAGCAGCUACUACAGUGGCCUGGGCUGUGGCUAUGGAGGCUUUGGUGGCCUGGGCUACGGUUAUGGCUUUGGAGGCUGCAGAUAUGGUUCUGGCUGUGGAGGCUACGGAUACUACUACCGCCGCCCAUUGUGCUAUGGAGGCUACAAAUUCUCUAGCUUCUACUGA